GCAAAAUGAUAUUCGUCUUCUGUAUUUUAUUAUGCCAAUUACUUGCCAACUCGGAAUCGAGGGUCUGAUUCGCUCUCUCUCUCCAGCCACAGUUUCUAUCUCUUUCUCUCUCUACAUCAAAACCUACUUUAUACAUAGAUGUGCUUAUUACAUUCAACAUGACUUAAGACAAAAAAUCAAUGGCCAGUCUUCAUGAGACUUUACUCAAUUAAAUUAUGGGUUUUCAUACGCACCUGUCUCAAACUCUCAAAAGAAAGACAAAAUCCCAAUCUCAUAAAAGUCACAAAAACUUGAAUUUGCAAAAAGACCCACAACAACACCAAAUCGUAUCCAAACUCAUUUGCUCUGUUUCUCAAUGCAUAUACGAUCUUUAUCUCCGAUGAUGGAAGAUGAUGAAGAAGAGGACCCAUGAUCUUCAUAAAUGUGUAUAUAUCUGUAUCUAUGUGUCUAGAUUAGAGUUUUUCAAUUAGGAUGGUGAAAGAGAAUAGAGAUAUCAGGCCUGUGUUGUUCAAAUUUGGUGUGGCUUUGGCUCUCUCUCUUGGUGGAAUUCUAUAUUCUAUACUCAGAACCAAACGAAUUAAACCUCCUCAAUCUCCUCCUCCUUCAGACCGGGGCGAUCAACUUGAUGUAGCAGAGGAAAAAACUGUGACGAUUAAUGAUUCAAUUGCACCAGAGAAACAUGAAGAUUCAUGUCUUCAUAAAGUUCCCCUAGAUAGUUCUGUAAGCGGUAGAUAUAGUGGAGAUAAAGAUGGGUUCCUCUUGCCAGAGUUUAAUGAGCUCGUGAAGGAAUUUGAUUUGGCUGCAACCAAAGCUAAUUUUUCUCCCAAAAAAGAGGUGCAGACACCCCACUUUGACGCAGAAACACCAAGAUCAUUUAAACUUGACAAAGGUGAGGAUUAUGAGCAAGAGAUCAAGAACCUAAAGAACAUGGUCAAAAUUCUCCGAGAGCGGGAGAGAAUCCUUGAGAUCCAAUUGCUCGAGUACUAUGGUCUUAAGGAGCAAGAAACCGCUGUCAUGGAGCUUCAAAAUCGAUUGAAGAUAAACAAUGUGGAGGCGAAGCUUUUUAGUCUCAAGAUUGAAUCCUUGCAGGCAGAUAAUAGAAGAUUAGAGUCCCAAGUUGCUGAUAAUGCAAAAGUCAUUGCGGAGCUUGAAGCAGCUAGGGCAAAAGUAAAGGUGUUGAAGAAGAAACUCAAGUCUGAAUCAGAUCAGAACAAGGAACAAAUUUUGACCCUUCAACAAAGAGUCAAAAAGCUGAUGAAUCAGGAACACGAGGCUGUUGCGAUUGAUCAGGAUAUCAAAUUGAAACUGCAACGACUGAAGGAUUUGGAGGAGGAAGCAGAGGAAUUGAGGAAGUCUAAUCAUAGUUUGGGGCUUGAAAAUUCUGGUUUGGUCAGCAAGUUGGAUUACACUCAAAUGCUUGCAAGUUCUGUUUUAGAAGAUCAAGAGGCAGAAGACUUAAGGAGAGAAAGGGACUCUUUAAGACAACAGAACGAAGAUUUAUCAAAGGAGAUUGAGCAACUCCAAUCAGGUCGAUGUGCUGAUGUUGAAGAACUAGUGUAUCUCCGAUGGAUAAAUGCUUGCUUACGUUAUGAGCUGAGAAAUUAUCAGCCUAUUCCGGGAAAGACAGUUGCAAGGGACCUUAGCAAAACCUUAAGCCCUAAGUCGGAAGAGAAAGCCAAGCAUUUAAUAAUCGAAUAUGCGAACAAAGAAGGCGGUUUAGAAAAGGGAAUGAAUGUCACAGACUCUGAUUUCGAUCAGUGGUCGUCCUCUCCUUCCAAUGUUACAGAUUCUGGUGACUUUGAUGAUUCAUCAGUUGAUAAUUCAUUAACCAACAAAGCUUACACUUCGAGCAAACCACAGAUUUUCAGCAGGUUGAAAAGACUAAUACGGGGAAAAGACAGUCACCGUCAUAGUCAGAGUUCAAUGACACUUGAAAGAAUUGUAUCGGCAGAAGUUAUGAUGGGGCAUCCGGAUGAUUCCUUGGGGAGCAAUUUGGGUAUUUUAUCUGAUGGACAAGGUAAUAGGUUGAGUAGUUCAUCAAUGGGAUGUAGUUCUAGAAACAGCGACAUGGGAUCGUCAUGUGCUUAUAGAAGCGUUGUUUUGGGCCAGGAAAGUGUUGGUGAUUCGCUGCAGGAAAACCAAUUCCAAGAAAACCCGGGAAACGUUCAGAAAUUGGUGAAAUAUGCAGAAGUUUUGAAGGAAUCAUCCAGUGGAAGGUUGAAACAUCACCGGAGACCGGUAUGGCGUGGUUCCUUUUGAUGUUGUUAACUUGUUAUAGCUUUUUAGAUAAUUUUAUACCUUUUUUUUUUUUGGUGUUUAAAUUAUGGUAGAUCUUGAAACUCUGUUUAUAUCUCAGAGUGGUUUUGGGUUUAGUUGUGAAUGCCCAAUUCACCAUUAGAGUUGUUAGAAAUGAGUUAGAAACUAAAUUAUGUAAAGUGAGGAAUCAAAUAUGAGCACUUUUCAAUUGCAUUUGUGUGGGAAGAUUCCUUGGGAUGCAGUUGAUUUCAUUGAGUUUUUGGAAUGGUGUUUUUGUCCAUCCAUUGUUCAAGUUA